AUGGUUGAUGAGAAGAAACCAGCUGCCAAGAAGGGAGGCAAGAAACCCUUGAAGAAACAGCUAGCAAAUGGCGGCAAGAAGCGGCGAAAGUCGAGGAAGGAGAGUUACUCCAUUUACACCUACAAAGUGAUGAAGCAGGUUCACCCCGACACCGGCAUAUCCUCCAAGGCCAUGAGCAUCAUGAACUCGUUCGUGAGCGAUAUUUUCGAGCGCAUUGCGGGUGAGGCUUCCCGCCUGGCCCAUUACAACAAGCGCAGCACCAUCAGCUCCCGGGAGAUCCAGACCGCCGUGCGCCUGCUGCUGCCCGGGGAACUGGCCAAGCACGCCGUGUCGGAAGGGACAAAGGCGGUGACCAAGUACACCAGCUCCAAGUAAAACCCCAGAACGGACUGAAAAACAUUCAAAACACAACGGCUCUUUUAAGAGCCACCCACAAUUUCCCCUGAAAAAGCUAUAUGAUUUCUUUACUUCUAAUUUAUGUUUUUGCUAUGAAGCAUUUCGAAUUGUCUAAUUGUUAUUUUGAUCACGUUUCAAUCUCAGAGAUUCUCGGUAAUGUAGAUUUAACCCUCGUUCAAUUGUUGGGUCGUUAAUGAUGCCCCAUAAAUUAAUGACUUACCUCUCACCCUCUGCGCUUUGUUUUAAGACGCGUCAUAUUCGACCCUUUCCCUGGUUUUGGAGAGAGAGCGAAUAGAACGCAAAUGCUUCAGGUUCCAGUUCUGUUCACGUUUGGACUCAACAAUCGAUCAGUUCAUUUCCUAUAAGCUCCGGUUAUGUAGCAACCUUCAAUCUCAACGCUGGCAAAUUUACUCCAAGUAUGUUCAAUUUUGGCUGUCA